CUCCCCGGUUAUACACCCACCUAGUCACUUGAUAUCAAAUCAACUCUACUCUCGAAAUUUUCCAGUGCAUACACGCGUGACAAUCCAAUGGGGUUCAACAUCAGAAUUGCCCCGAAGCAUCACGACUCGGACGAUUCCUCUUUAUCCGACGAGGAAGAUUCCUCUGGAGUGCAGGUUUCCCCGCCAUCAGACUCAGAAAGUCAUGGAUACCACGAUCCAUACGAAGAAUGGUCGCAUUUGGUCUACCCUGAUGAGAUAAAGCCGUCCGACUCGGCCUCUCGACCUCCAACCUAUCGCCCCCGCAGCCGUAACCCCGUCCAUGCCCCAUCAUCUUCAUCCACGAGUCGUCGGCGGUCAGGAAGGCGCCAGAUUGUCCAAGAGCGAGAGUCUCAACCGCGACGAUCCCGUCGUCAGCCUUCACCGGAGUCGCCAGAAAGUGCCGAUUCAGCCGAGGAGUAUGGAGAACCCUACUCGCGAACGUCUCAGGAACGGAAAUUUUGGGCGCCGCCUGCACAGGGUUCAGGUUAUGCGCGUAGUUCAUCUCCCGGCCCAUCCUAUGGUUACCCCAAUGGAGCUGUGCCCCAUGGAGCAUUCGUACCCUCAACUGGUCAACAUACUCCAUCGGACCAGUUGGUCCGCGUGGGGCCUCUCAGCCAAGUCGGCCAGCAAAACCCAUACGGCCAUCCCGUUUACGGAUACAAUCAUCCACUACAACAACCUCAUGGUCCUAUGCCUCCUUUCUAUGUUCACGAACGUCACGCGGGAAAUCAUCCCAAUCCUGCUGGGGCUCCUUCGCAUCGGAAUGAAGGGCCUAUCCCUGGCCAGCAUCCUUUCUCACACCCCGUCUUACCACAUGGCGGUCCACAGUACGGCAGUCCACAGUACGGCGGUCCACAGUAUGGCGGUCCACAAUACGGCGGUCCACAAUACGGCGGCCCUCAAUUGAACCAUCAUGAUUUGAUCCCUUAUGGAGCUGGUGCUUAUUAUCCCUUCCGGGAACCUUACAACAUGGUUCCGGGGAUGAUUCCGCCAUAUUUCAACCCAUAUGCUCGUCCACCGUCUCCUAGUCAGGCCGAGUCAGGUGGUUCUCCUGUUCCUACACCUGCACCUGCACCUGCACCUGCACCUGCACCUGCACCUGCGCCUGCUCCUGCGCCUGCACCUGCCCCUGCGCCUGACCCUGUCGACACUGCAAAAGACGAGGCAAUUGCGAGGCUUGAGAAAUUGAUCCUUGAGGAAAGAACUGAACGGGAAGCUCGGGAAGCUCGAGACGCUGCUCACCAAGCUAUGAUCGAACGAGAAGCCGCGGAACAACAUGCGAGAGAAGAACGUGCAGCGCAUGAAAAGAAGAUUACUGAAGAAGCUGCUGCCGCUGCUAGGGCAGAUGCAGAACAAAAGGCUGCAGAAGAGGCUGCUAAGGCCAAAAAAGAGGCAGAAGAAGCCGCCGAGAAAGCUGUAGCAGAGGCGACAGCCGUCGCGACAGCAGCAGCUACAGAGGCAGCUAAAAAGGAGACCGCGGAAGCCCUUGCUGCUGCGGAGGCGGCGAACAAACCUCCGGAAAAAAAGAAGCCUAUCAAGUUCAAGGAUGCCAUUGGGAGAAAGUUCAGUUUUCCGUUUGAUUUGUGCUGCACAUGGCAGGGGAUGGAGGAGCUUAUAAAGCAAGCUUUUCUCCAUAUAGAGGUAAUCGGGCCUCAUGUUGCAGAGGGUCAUUAUGAUCUGAUCGGCCCUAAUGGCGAUAUUAUUCUCCCACAAAUUUGGGAGACCGUUAUUGAGCCCGAUUGGACUAUAACCAUGCACAUGUGGCCGAUACCCGAGAAGCCAAAAGACCCCGAUCCAGCUCCAGUAGAGGAAGCCCCUGCGGAAGCGGCACCCGAGCCUCCAGCAGAUGCCGCCCCCCCCGCUCCCGAGGAACCCAAGAAAAAGGCUGAACCAGGUCCAAAGAAGCCUCGGGCAAAACCAGGCGAUCCUAGUGCCUUUGCCAUGUGGAUGGUUGGAGGCCCUAACCGCUUUAGAGUGAAUAAGGCUUUAAAAGCGCAAAAAAAGCCUAAAGCAGCCCAGCACGGUGAUAUAGGCCGUAUUCUCUGAUAGAGUUCAAGUCAACAACUUCUGGUCAAAGCUCUCUCGAGCUGUAGUUUCUGCCCUCCUAGAUGCUUUCGGAGCAACUGACUUGAGGGCAACAUCUGCCCACAGGCGGGAGGGCCGCUUGCAAUGUAUUUUCUGCGGUAUCGGUGGAUUUGGAAUCUCCAUAAACACACUGGAGGCCAGUUUCACUUUGUUGCCCCUCUUGCAGGCGAUUCUUACAGCAUUUGUGGCAAGCACCAAGAAGUCCGGGCCUACUCUAUCGGGUCUGCUUUGGAGGGGCAUGACUUUUCCUCUCGUCUCAUCGGGAUUGGUUUCUCAUGCCUCGCGGGGGAGGAUGGUAUGGUAUGUUCUGAGCAUCUUUUCUGUUUGGGGUAAAUGGGUAUAAAAAGCUUUCAUCGGUGUUUAAGCAA